AGUUCCUCCUUAUUAUUCUUCGUUACUCUUGUCUAUUAAGACUUGGCCGUUUCUUCUUUAUCUUUCUCUCUUUGUUAUUUCUUCUUCUUUGAAUCCUCCUUUCAGAGGAACCCAAGUUUUUUCGCUUUUCCUGUACAGCUCCCUCAGGUGUUUUUUUAGUUAGAUCUAAUUAUUAUCAAGCUAGAGAGAGAUGAAUCACUGUGCAAUUCAACAAGGUGCUUUCGCCGCUUGUGAAGAUAUGUGGAGUUCAAUUUCUGAUAAUAAAAAGGAAGCCGUUGUUUGCCCUAAGCCUCGGCGUCUCGGCCUUUUGAACGCUACUGUAAAUGAACCUUUCAGACCUCUCAGAUGGCAUGUUAGCCAUCAGCAAGAGUUGUGUGAUUCAAGAGCUGGAGCUGAUCUAUUGGAUAUCAUCCUCUCAAAGGGUGGUGGUGCGGAUCAAUCAUCUGCACAAGUAGCCUCGUCGCCCCCAUUUUUUUGUGGGUCACCGCCGGGCAGAGUAUCUAACCCAUUAAUUCAAGAUGCACGAUUUGGGGAUGAAAAGGUCAUGACCCCAGUUUCACCACGGGCUAUUCCCAUACCUUCCGGACUGGCUGCUUCGUCCCCAUCUGCGUCCGCCAGGAAACAUGGCGGAUGCGUGAGGGCGAAUUUUGGCAACAAUCCGGCUGUUAGAGUUGAGGGUUUCGAUUGCCUCGACAUGGAUCGUCGCAACUGCAGCAUCCCUGCCCUGGCUUGAACGAACCCUUUGAGAAAAGUAAAUAUAGAGGUAAUUUGAAGUUUUACACGAAGGAGAGUAUAAUCCACUUUUGGUUUAGCAGCAGCAGGAGAAAAAGAUCCCUUUUGCCUAGUGUAAAUAUGUUUAAAAGGGUCUGUAUGUAGUGUUGUCUUGUUGUCUGCAAGUAAAUGAGAGUUUAUGUUUUUAUUAACCUAAGUAAAUAAUUAUGAGAAAAAAUUAGGAGUAUUUUAGUGAGGUGGGUGAGUCAUGAGGGAAAAAGCCCUCUUGCAAUGGGUGUAAAGUAUGAAAUUAGACAUGGAGGAGGAAAUUUUUAUUAGGAUUUGUAUCCAUUUUGGGGUCGUUUGUGAAAUGUCAAUAUGGGCGGCUUUGAUGAUGAAAAAAAUUUUGUUUAAAAAAAAAGAAAAAACCCUUUUAGUUGUUGAGUGGAGU